UGUGCGGGAUUCCCUCCGGUACAGCCCCCACUGAUCCAUCCCAUCCCGGAGUGUGCGGGAUUCCCUCCGGUACAGCCCCCACUGAUCCAUCCCAUCCGGGAGUGUGCGGGAUUCCCUCCGGUACAGCCCCCACUGAUCCAUCCCGGAGCGUGCGGGAUUCCCUCCGGGCUGUGUCCUGCUGGGCUUUAGCACCGAGUAUCACCUCCAGGUCACCUCGUUCCCUCCCUCCUGAGUGCCAGGAUGUGGUGCCAGAGGCUGGCCUGGCUGCUCCGGGGGCGGCGUGGGAGCACCGGGCACCGCUGGCCGUGGCUGCCCCGGGCCCCUGGAGCCGUCCUGGCUGUCCCAGGGCGCUGCCUCCCCACGGCCCCAGCGUCCCCUCCCUGUGCCUGGCAGCUGCACCGCGACCAUCUCGAGCUGAGGUACGGGAGCACGGUGAUGCGCCUGGAUUUCGUGUGGCUGCGGGACCACUGCCGCUCUGCCUCCUGCUACAACGCCAAGACCAACCAGCGCAGCCUGGACACGGCCAGCGUGGACCUGGCCAUCCAGCCCCAGGCUGUGCGGGUGGACGAGGCCACGCUGUUCCUCACCUGGCCCGAUGGACACGUCACACGCUAUGGGCUGGAGUGGCUGGCGAGGAACAGCUACGAGGGGCAGAAGCAGCAGGUGAUGCACCCCCGGAUCCUCUGGAAUGCUGAGAUCUACCGGCAAGCCCAGGUCCCCUCCAUCGACUGCCGGAGCUUCCUGGAGACAGACGAGGGUCUGAGGGAAUUCCUGCAGAACUUCUUGUUGUACGGGAUCGCCUUCGUGGAGAACGUCACUCCCACCAAGGAGGACACGGAAAUCCUGGCAGAGAGGAUCAGCAUCAUCAGGGAGACCAUCUAUGGCAGGAUGUGGUACUUCACCUCUGACUUCUCCCGAGGAGACACAGCCUACACCAAGCUGGCCCUGGACCGGCACACGGACACCACCUACUUCCAGGAGCCCUGCGGCAUCCAGGUGUUCCACUGCCUGAAGCACGAGGGCACGGGCGGGCGGACGCUGCUGGUGGACGGGUUCCACGCGGCCCAGCAGCUGCUGCAGGAGGCCCCGGAGCACUUUGAGCUGCUGGCCAAGGUGCCCCUCAAACACGAGUACGUGGAGAACGUGGGCGGCUGCCACAACCACAUGAUCGGUGUGGGGCCGGUGCUCAACGUCUACCCCUGGAACAACGAGCUUUACCUCAUCAGGUACAACAACUACGACCGCGCCGUGAUCAACACGGUGCCGCACGACGUGGUGCGCCGCUGGUACCGCGCACACCGCGCCCUCACCGCCGAGCUGCGCCGGCCCGGCAACGAGCUCUGGGUCAAGCUGAAGCCAGGCAAGGUCCUGUUUGUGGAUAACUGGCGUGUCCUGCACGGCCGGGAGGCGUUCACGGGGUACCGGCAGCUCUGUGGCUGUUACCUGACAAGGGACGACGUGCUGAACACCGCCCGCCUGCUGGGGCUGCAGGCCUAGCCCAGCCCUCCAGAGCCCCCAGGGCCACCUCUGGGAGAGCCAGGAGCCCCCAAACCCACCUCUGGG